CUCUCCUCUCCCUCUCUCUCCUUCUCUCUCUCUCUCUCACUCUGUCUUUCUUUCUGUUCAUCCUCGGGGUCUCUCCACCUAGCCGGUUAGAGCAGGGUUAUAUUCUAGGGUUGAGGGGGUUUGUGUUGUCAGCUAUAGGAGGCGACAUGCAGCAUCCAGGAGGAACAUGCGUGGCGUUACCCAACGUGGAUGCCUGUCCUCAGCUGUCCUGUGCUGCCCUCACCUUCAUGUAUUUACAGCAGGGUAACCAGGACGCACCGGCCCCCCCGGACCCAUCCAUGGCCCAGGCAUACCCAUCAGCCCAGUUCGCCCCUGCUCCCCAGAACGGCAUCCCGACUGAGUUCACGGCUUCACACCCCCAUCCACAUCCACAUCCCCACCCACAUCCGCAUCCGCAUCAACACCCAGCACCACAGGACUACACCGGUGUCCAGGCACCUGUCAGUGAGCACCCGCUCAACAUGUACCCCUCGCAGAGCCACAGCGAGCCUAGUGGGUCCGACUCCAGUGGUCAGACAGUCGCCGGCACAGCCACACAGACGGAUGAUGCCGCCCAGACGGACAGCCAGCCACCAACGCAGACUGUAUCUGAAAGCACAGACAGCAAGGCCCAGCCCAAGAGGCUUCACGUCUCCAACAUCCCCUUCAGGUUCAGGGACCCAGACCUCAGGCAAAUGUUUGGCCAAUUUGGCAAAAUCUUAGAUGUGGAAAUCAUUUUCAACGAGCGUGGCUCUAAGGGUUUUGGGUUCGUAACUUUCGAACAUAGCGUGGACGCCGACAGGGCCAGAGAGAAAUUACACGGCACCGUGGUAGAAGGCCGUAAAAUAGAGGUCAACAAUGCAACAGCUCGAGUAAUGACAAAUAAGAAGACUGUCAACCCAUAUGCAAAUGGCUGGAAGUUAAAUCCAGUGGUUGGCGCUGUCUACAGUCCAGAAUUCUAUGCAGUCCCAGGUUUUCCCUACCCAGCAGCCAGUGCAGCAGCAGCGUACAGAGGGGCCCACCUACGAGGUCGGGGACGGACCGUCUACAACACAUUCAGGGCGGCCGCUCCGCCUCCCCACAUCCCGGCUUACGGAGGUGUUGUUUACCAGGAUGGAUUUUAUGGUGCAGAUAUUUAUGGUGGUUACGCUGCCUACAGAUAUGCCCAGCCUACUGCUGCCACAGCUGCUGCAUACAGUGACAGUUACGGACGAGUAUAUGCUGCCGACCCCUACAACCACACACUUACUCCAGCAGCCACAUACAGCGUUGGUGCCAUGAACGCUUUCGCCCCGCUGACAGAUGCCAAAACUCGGAGUCACGCCGACGACGUGGGGCUGGUACUGUCCUCCCUCCAGGCUAGUAUAUACCGGGGAGGCUACAGCCGCUUCGCACCCUACUAACACCACCCCACCUACACUCAACCUUCCAACAGAGCAGAGAGAAAGUGUGUGUGCGCGCGUGCGUGCGUGUGUGUGUGUGUGAGGUGUGUGCGCACGAGUGAACGAGAACGACAAAGAGAGAUAUAGAGGCAAGAGACAUUACCAAGGCCUGGGUAUUGCAAUACAUGCAGUUGUGCAUCAUUUUAACAUCUCCUAAGUGAGAGGUGAGGUUAAAAAAAAAAAAAAAAAAAAAAAAAAAUUAAAAAAAAAGAGAGAGAGAUAAAUAAGAAUAAAAUGACAGCUGAUAUUUUUCAUCUUAUACCUCAGAUAUUUUGUGCUGUGUAUUUUGAUAUUGUGGGUUUUUAAUUUCUAACGAUUUAAAACAUAGAUUGUCAGCUGUAGAAGUUUUUCCGUGGUACUAAUAGAGAGCUGCUAGAAGUAACGAUUAGGACACAAAGAAAAACUUAACAGAUUUAAGCUGUUAGGGCUUGUAUAGAACUCCAAUGUAAGAUAUGUCGUAGUCACGAUUUGGGGUUUUUAUGUUUUUGUAAAAGUGUUUAAGUGACUACACUAGUCAAGUGUUGUUUUCUUUCUUUUUUCCGUUCUUUUUUUUUUUUUUUUUUCUCAGCUUCCUUUGGCGCUUCCUCUGUCAUUUAGCAAUUUUUUUUUUUUCAAGGUUUUGGGAGGUAUUAAAGGAAUCUUGGAAAAUGGGGAAAUAUUUUAGUUCUUAUGUGAACUUUAAAGAGCAGGGAAGGAUUUGUUCACUAGAUAAUGUGGUUAUAUCUUACAUCACUCCAAGCCAAAGGUUCUGGUGGACAUAUUUUACGUGUAUAGUCAGGACUUUCUCUUUACCCAGAUACAGAAUGAGCUACAGGACGAGGAAAAGCAGCGUUGCCAUGGCGAGGAAACUGUUCCACCUUUUCGUUACGUUGUCCACACCUUGAGUAGAGAGCUGGCCGUCCAGAAGCAGAUGUUUUUUUAUAUAAACUUCCAGUAUAUUGAUUGGUAUAAUUGAUGACUUUUAUAUUACAAGAGAGAUUAAAAAAAAAAAAAUGAAAAAAAGGCGGUGCCCAAAGCCACCGUCUCUAUUUUUUUUUUCAGUUAAUUUUGUUUCACUGUUUUUUUUUUGUUUUUUUUUUCAAAAGUAAUAUGACUAUGAUUAUUUGUAAUGAAUGUUGGGGGGA